AAACAUUUUUAAACUCUUUGUUUUCCGACCCCAUUGCAACUACAAACCUUGUGUCAUUUGAAUAGUACUUCCUGUCCUAAAGUAGGUAUGAUAAGUAUUUUACGAUUAACUCUUAUUUACAUCCUGCUUCUUUUUAUUUUCUUUUUUAUAUAGAUUUUACAAGAAUUUCCAUUAUGAAGUAUGUAUUCAUUUUUAUUCCACUUAUCAACUUUCCCAUUGCAACAUCAUUCUACACUACAAGAGAAACAGACGAUUUAACUUCAGACUUGCGGAAAAUAACCAUUCAUCGAGGUACUGGGGAAAUUUAUGUUGGAGGGAAAAACUCUCUUUUACGAUUUAAUUCCAAAUUCGAAAAUGGCACAAGCAUUUCUUUUAGAAAGACGUAUUGUGUGCAAAAUCAAAUCAGUGUUUGUGGAAAUGAAACAGUUCUGGACGAUAUUGUGGAAGUCUUGGAGUAUUUGCCAGAAAAAAAUAAAAUACUGAUGUGUGGUUCAUUGGAACAUAAAAGUUGUAAUUUACUGUCUGGAAAAGAAAUAUUGCCAUUAUCCGAUAAGAAAGAAAACCAUAUAGACAGCAGAAAAGGUUCCAUAUUUCUUCCAGUUCGUAGGGGGCGGUCUUGGGUUUACUUUAUAGGAACAAGUUGGGAUGGAAGGAAUUUAGUGGAAAAUGAAUUUUCCAUCAACAAAUUAUAUAAUGAUGGCUUUUUUUACGAGUCCUUGUACUCUAAAAUUGGACUUUGUGACCGGGAACGACGAGCCUCGAAUCUAACAUUUGUAUAUGGAUUCCAAGAUGAAGAAUUCAUUUAUUCCAUUUAUUUGAAAAUAAGAAUGGAAAAUACAAGAAAUUAUACUGAAACUAAAAUAUCUCGAAUUUGCAAGAAUGACGAUUACAUGGGUUCAUUUAGUGAAAGAAUAUUGUCAUGUAAUCAACAUAACAUUGCUACUGCUGCAUAUUAUUCGGUUAAUGUGUCGUCUCUAUAUGUGGCAUUUGGAACUGGAAUCCAUUCAUUAGAAGCUCUCCCUUCAUCUGUUUUGUGUAAGUUCACCAUCAAGGAACUCUCAAGAAUGUUCAUGCAUACUUACGUGAGUUGUUUUUCACAUCUUCAGAAGAAUGGCUAUUCGCCUCCCCGCUGGAGUAACUGUGGAAAUAAUAAAUGCAACAAGAGCCCUGACAUUUCGGCAUGGAGUAUUUGCACAAGUAAACUACGUCUUUUAGAUGGAAUUGAAAGUGUAGAACCCAUGCCUGGAAGUCGAACCGAGAUCUACAGACACGAGAAGAAAUUAUUUACAAGUGUUUUUUCAAAUAAAAUAACAGAAAAUCAAAGACCUACAGUAUGGAUUGGAACUAACGAGGGCUAUCUCCUAAAAGUAGAUAGUACAUCAUUUUCUGGACCCAGGGUUGUCGCCGAAUUUGAUGUUACAAAAAAUAGGAGUGUAAAGAUUGAAUCUGAUGUAGAGGUUGAAGAGGGAGGGAAGUAUGCCUACAUUCUCUAUGGUAAUAAGGUUUCCAAAUUUCCUCUUGAUACCUGUCAAAUACACACAAACUGUGGUGACUGUGUUCUUAGUGGCGAUCCUUUGGAAUGUGGUUGGUGUAAAGAUAUUUGCCUGAAGAAAGACCAGUGUAAGACCACUUGGUACAAUGAUAGCUGCCCGCCAUUUAUACACGAGGUUCUCCCCACCAGUGGGCCAACAGAUGGUGGAACUGUUCUUAGUUUAAAAGGAGAGUAUUUUGGGUCUCCAAAUCUCAAUUCUCCCUCCGUAUCUGUAGGGAAAAUAAAAUGUGGAAAUAUCAAAUGGAAUGAUAAAAACAUUCAAUGUGUCCUCCCGAUGUCAAAACGCUUUACUGGAGUAGUCAUUGUAGAGAUAUUUCCUCAGAAUUCAACACACGGAUAUAAAAUUAAGGGAAAUUCAGAAAUUGGCAUUUACAAUUUUUCCUUCAAGGUCCCAGUUGUGAUGUCCAUGAGUCCAACAUAUGGUCCACAACACGGAAAUACCAUUGUAACAAUCAUCGGUGAAAAUCUGGACAUUGGAUCGAAGACUUAUUUGUCAAUGUGUAAAAUCAUAUGGUAA